AUUUGGUAGACAAUGCAACAUGUGACAAGGGGUCCCGAGUAGACUUUGCUUUAUUUGAAGGACUUGCAGGCCAAAAAGGUCUGUAUCCACUGACUUAGACCACUUUCCUACGUUUGAGCAUGCUGCCACCUAGCGGCCAUUGCGUAUAUAGCAUCGCUGCUGCCUGUUGCAACCCCCACAGUGUGCAAAACUUUCACCAGCAAUGUGUGACACAUCUCAGUGUUGCUGUGCCUCAGGAAACGUGCACUUCCGUCUUCUGUCGCCUCUUGCAAGACAUUUUCAUUCUCAGACCUCUGCUGUGUGAAGAAAGAUGUAGCUACAUUAGUGCCUGGCUAUGAAGCCACAUCUAUUUAUAGACUCCUUAUCGUCAAACAAGCAAGAGCGCAACUGCAGUUCUGCCCAACCAGUAGCAGUGUUUUCAGAUGAGGGAGCUUUGCUUUCAUUUUCUAAUAAGAGAGGCGAGGAACUGAUUUGAAGUUGAGGGCCGUGACACUUUUUGACGAGGAACUGAUGGAGUUUUCUGAGCACAUUAAGACCGCCAAUGUGGAGGAUGUUGUGCUCCGGCAGCCACUUCACCCACCGGGCAGAGGCACCCUGUGCAUCACCGGCCACCACCUGCUCUUCUCGGACAGGGAGGAGGGCAGCUCUCGGCAGGUUUUACUGCUCCUCAGGAACAUCGAUGCCAUUGAGAAAAGGAUAUCUGGAUCCUCAGGGACGAUUACCAUCAAGUGUAAAGACCUACGUGUGCUCCAGCUUGACAUCCCAGGCAUGGAGCAGUGUCUCAACAUUGCACGCUCUAUUGAGACCCUGUCCUGUCUGGACUGUGUGUCGGAGAUGUACCCUUUCUUUUACAGACCUCCUGAUCUCAAUCUCCAGGACCAGUGGGGUCUCUCAUCCCCUGAAAAGCACUACACUCAAAUGAAGGAGCUCCACAAUAGGUGGAGACUGAGCACUGUGAACAGAGACUACACAGUGUGUCCCUCCUACCCUCCAGCUGUCAUUGUUCCCAUGGAUGUAGACGAUGACGCGCUGAAGAAGGUGGCCAAAUUCAGACAGGGAGGACGCUUCCCUGUCCUCUGCUACUACCACAGGAAGAAUGGCAUGGUAAUCGUGCGCAGCAGUCAGCCACUGACGGGAGCCAAUAGGAAGCGCUGCAGGGAAGAUGAGCACUUCUUCCAGGCUGUGAUUGACGGCUCAGACAAAGGUUACAUUAUUGACACACGCUCCAGUCAGCAGGCGCAACAGGCCCGGAUGACAGGUGGAGGCUUUGAAUCCAAAUCGUGCUACAACCGCUGGAAGAGACUGCACAGACAGAUGGAAAGGGGUAAAGCACUCCAGGAGAGUCUAAUUAAGCUGGUGGAGGCCUGUGGCGACGAGUCCCACAAUAUGGACCGUUGGCUCAGUAAGCUUGAAAAUUCUAAGUGGCUGUCUCACGUCCAGACUGCUCUGUCAACAGCUGGCCUGCUGGCAGAGUGUGUGGAGAGGGAUGGUCAUUCAGUCCUGGUGCACGGCUCUGAAGGGAUAGACUCCACUUUGCUCAUCAGCACUCUGGCACAGCUCAUCAUGGACCCAAGCUGCCGCACACUGGAGGGCUUCCUGGCUCUGCUGGAGAGGGAGUGGAUACAGGCAGGACACCCAUUCCAGCAGCGAUGUGCCCACUCAGCCUACUCCCAUGCUCGUCUCCAGCAGGAGUCCCCAGUCUUCCUGCUGCUGCUGGACUGUGUGUGGCAGCUGUGGCGCCAGUUCCCCCUAGCACUGGGCUUCUCUGAGGCUCUGCUCCUGAGGCUGGCGACUGAAGCCUACGCCUCUGACUACGGAACCUUCCUCUGUAACAACAAUCAGGAGAGGUGUGCUCUAGGGGUGAGGGAGAAGACUCACUGUUUGUUCCAGGCUCUGCUUAGGCCCAGGGACAGAGAGCACUACUCCAACCCCUUGUAUGAACCCACUGAGCUGGCCAUCUGGCCUUCAGUCCACCCUCAGUCCCUGCAGCUGUGGAAAGGCUUUUUUCUGAGGUGGACCCAACAGGCUCGCCACCUAGAAGAAGCCCAGGAAGAAAUAAGGAACAUGGUCAUUGAGUGGGGGAAGCUGGCUCUGAGCUGAUGAUCUUUCAGUGUACAGACCAGUGCAGUGGAGAUGAUGAUAAUGAACAUUUGAGGGAAAUGAACAUAAAUAGGAAUGUUACCAAUGUGCAAUGUCUUUCAACUGUUGAAUUGUUCCUCAUAUCUUUUAACGGUGUUUUAAAGUACAGUAAUUUUCAUGCUUUCAUAAAAAUUGUGUUGGAAAAAAAAAACAGAAUUAUUGGUGUGAUUUAAAGUGUAGUAAAAAUUGUGGGAAAUAUGCUUGUUAUCACCCAGAGGUUGUGAGGCAACCAGCAGAGACUUUGGGAAGUUUCUGCUACUAGCCAAGAAAUAGUCCAUUUGUAAAACCACAAAUUAUUGACCAUAUUUACACUUCUGUUUUUGCUUAGAUUAAACAAACAAUAUAUAACAUUAAAUUAGUGAGCUAUAGAGGUGCUUGUAGGCACAUCUUGUUACCUUCAGACAGAGCCAUGCUAACUGUUUUCCUCUGUCUUUAUGCUAAGCUAAGCUAACCAGCUACUGGCUCCAGCUUCAUAUAGAAUGGUCAGAUAUGAGACUGAUAUUGAUCUUUUCAUCUAACUCUCAGAAAAUGUAGAACUAUUCCUUUAAAGCUGUUUAGCCCUCUUUUACUUCAUAUUUUUUAGUGCUUUAAAAACUGCCCACAGAGUGUUUUAUUUUCUCUAAUUAUUGCCUUUGUUUUUCAUAAUUUCAAAAGGUUAAUUAUUUUCCCACACAAAUCAACUCGCAUAU